AUGGACCCAACUUUUACAGAGUUCGAUCAGCCAAACUGGGUCCGGAUGCAGCUCCCGUGUGGUCGCAACCUGUUGCAAGUGUGGAAAGCCGCCGAGGUUAUGUUCAACGCUCCGUUGAACCCCCCUCCGACAGCGCACUUCGCUGCGCUGAAGCGCAAAUCCAUUGGUGACUUGAACGAGCAUGGUUCGAAGCGGCUCGCAACCAGUCCCAUUGACCAGUCGACACCUCCGUUACCCCCCAUUAUGCAUGCGCCGCAACCUCAACACGUACACUCUCCGUUGAAUGCCCCGCGCAAUGUGAGCAUCCAGCCUCGGCCAGCGUCCAACGGCUACCAACAGAGUCCCGCGGCUGUACCACAGCCCAUGACUCCAGCUCUACCGCAGUCAGUCGGUCGUAAGCGAGGGCGUCCUUCAAAAGCAGACAAGGAGGCCCAAGCCCGCGCAAACGGUUCAGCCGCCUCAGUGCCGGGUGCGCCUCUGCCCUCCUUGGCGCCACAUCCUGUCUCGCAACACCUACAUGCACCAUCCCCGCCGAACAACAGUCCGGCCGGGCUCAACAUUGGUGCGCAGUCUCGAUACAUCACGGGCCAUGAUCCCUAUGCGCACAGCCCCUCUUCUAGGGCACCGUUUGCUUCAACCGCACAAGAGGAUGCAAGCAGAGGCGGCGCAAGUGUACGAUGGAGAGAUCCUAUGACGGUUGCAUCACAUUUACCCACGGGCGAAAAGAGGGAUCUGCGCGCUGUGUCUGACUCGCUUGUACAGAGGGCUACUGCAGAUUCCAGGUCGAUCGAGCGGCCAGAGAGAUCCCCAUCUGUCAGUAACCUGAUCACACCGACCGACGAUGGCGGCGGGAUGCCCGGAAUCUCGGGACGUCACAGCCCGGUCGCCCAGUCAGUUGCGGCUAGGCAUGCGAUAUAUGGGAAUAAUGGCAGCACGGGACCACAGUCGGCCGCGGAACACGAAAAUCGCCCUGUGAGUGGUCAUGAGCGGAGAACGCAGACGCCUGUCAGUAAUGCGGCUUAA